UUCUAUAAAUAUGGAACAAUGUAAGGCUUUACUCGCCACCCGUCUAACCACUUAAUUGUGUUCUCUCUCUCUCUGUCUCUAUUGUCCAUUCCUCAAACUUAGGAACUUCUCUAGUCUGAACGUAUAUGCACUAACCCCUCUCUCUCUCUAUCUUUUUCUCUUUCUCUCUCUACACUAGUUUGAAAGAACAAUACAGAGAAAAUUCCAUGCAAAAUUUGAUCGAAAACGAAGUUGAUCGACUACCCAUCAAAGAACUUCCAAGUUUUAUCAGAUUCAGGAGUUGAAGUGAGAAUUUGCAGUUUCUGCUUUCUUGGGAUUGUUCUGGUUUAAAAUGGCGUCGAAUACGACGGUGACAUGUCCAUCACCCAUGAAGGCAACAUCUAAUGGAGCCUUCCAAGGGGACAAUCCUCUUGAUUUUUCACUUCCUCUAGCAAUUUUACAGAUAUGUCUUGUAGUUGUUGUCACGCGAGCUCUUGCAUUUCUUCUGAAGCCAUUAAGACAGCCUCGUGUGAUAGCGGAGAUUGUUGGAGGGGUUUUACUUGGCCCAUCAGCUCUAGGUCGAAAUGAAAAGUUUCUGAAUGCAGUUUUUCCAAAGAGGAGCCUCACAGUAUUGGAUACUUUAGCCAAUCUUGGUCUCCUGUUCUUUCUGUUUCUUGUAGGCCUCGAGUUGGAUCCACGGUCCCUUCGUCGGACUGGAAAGAAAGCUAUGAGCAUUGCCCUUGCAGGCAUUAGCGUACCUUUUGCAUUAGGAAUUGGUACAUCUUUUGUCCUUCGAGGAUCAAUUUCUAAAGGUGCAGAUAAAGCCCCCUUUCUUGUAUUUAUGGGGGUGGCUCUUUCUAUCACUGCCUUCCCUGUCUUGGCUCGUAUCUUGGCUGAACUCAAGCUAUUAACCACUGACGUUGGUCGAAUGGCCAUGUCCGCUGCAGCAGUCAAUGACGUGGCUGCGUGGAUUCUACUUGCUCUUGCCAUUUCCCUCUCUGGCACCGGCCGUUCUCCCCUCAUUUCAUUAUGGGUGUUCCUGUGUGGCACUGCUUUUGUCAUUGGUUGCAUACUCGUUCUCCCACCUAUCUUCAGAUGGAUGCAACAGCGUUGUCCUGAGGGUGAGCCAGUAGACGAAAUGUAUAUAUGUGCUACUUUAGUUAUUGUUUUGGCUGCGGGUUUCGCCACUGACUCUAUUGGAAUUCAUGCCCUCUUUGGGGCUUUUGUGGUUGGAGUUGUUGUCCCAAAGGAAGGGCCUUUUGCGGGCGUACUUGUGGAAAAAGUAGAGGAUCUGGUAUCUAGCCUGUUCCUUCCAUUGUACUUCGUUUCAAGCGGAUUAAAAACUAAUUUACUCACCAUUAAGGGGCUUCAGUCUUGGGGUCUUCUUGUUUUGGUUAUAUGUACUGCCUGUACUGGGAAAAUUAUAGGUACUAUUGCGGUCUCGCUUUGGUGCAAAGUGCCUUUUAGAGAGGCUGUUGCUCUGGGGUUUUUAAUGAACACUAAAGGCUUGGUGGAGCUUAUUGUCCUCAAUAUUGGGAAAGACAGAGGGGUAUUGAAUGAUCAAACAUUUGCCAUUAUGGUUAUGAUGGCUCUCUUCACAACCUUUAUCACGACGCCUCUAGUCAUAGCAGUAUAUAAACCAGCUAAAAGGGUGGGCGAUCCUAAAUACAAGCACAGAACAAUUCAGAGGAAAGAUCCAAGUUCUCAGCUCCGAAUGCUGGUAUGUUUCCAGAGCAACAGGAACAUCUCCUCUCUGAUUAAUCUCAUUGAGGCUUCUCGUGGGACCGAGAAGAAAGGACUUUGCAUCUAUGCAAUGCACCUUAUGGAGCUGACUGAAAGGUCAUCCGCUAUACUCAUGGUCCACAAGGCAAGAAGGAAUGGACUGCCCUUUUGGAACAAGGGAAUACAUUCUGAUGCCAACCAAGUAGUUGUUGCUUUUGAAACUUUCGAGCAGCUGAGCCGAGUGUCCAUUCGUCCAAUGACAGCAAUCUCACCCAUGUCUAACAUCCACGAGGACAUCUGCGGAAGUGCAGAGACGAAACAGGCUGCAAUGAUAAUCGUCCCAUUUCACAAACAUCAGAGGCUGGACGGACAACUGGAGACAACUAGAAUGGAAUUCCGGUAUGUCAACAAGAGAGUUCUUAAGUACGCACCGUGUUCAGUUGGGAUCUUAGUUGACCGUGGCCUUGGUGGAUCCACUCAUGUGUCCGCAAGCAAUGUUGACUCUGUGAUAACAGUCCUAUUCUUUGGGGGCCGCGAUGAUCAAGAAGCUCUUUCUUAUGGUAUGCGCAUGGCUGAACAUCCUGGUAUCAAUUUAAGAGUCGUUCGUUUCAUGGUAGGCCCCAAAUUUGUUGUUGAGAGUAUUACGCUUGACAUGGAGAGCUAUGGUCCUGAAGCAAGGGCAAUGGAUGAAGAUUUCAUCUCCGAAUCCAAGGAGACAAUGUCGAAGAACAACUCAAUCAAGUAUGAAGAGAGAAAUGUAAGUAGUGCUACAGAGACAAUUGAAGUGAUUAAAGAAUAUAAUCGUUGCAAUUUGUUUUUGGUUGGAAGAAUGCCGGAGGGUCAGUUAGCUGCAGCUUUGAAUGGAAGGAGCGAGUGUCCGGAAUUAGGACCAUUAGGCAGCUUCUUGAGCUCACUAGAUUUCUCAACAGCAGCAUCAGUUUUGGUGGUGCAACAGUAUCACAGCCAGUUAUCUGAGCAUUCAUUGGCUACACUGAAAAGUGACUCUUCAGAGAGAGAGUAUGAAUCUGAGUGAUUGGCUUUCAUCUUUUAGGAUUUGAUCUCUGCUUGUACAGUGUUAUGUAAGAAAGUGAAAUAAAACAAAUACUAGGAGAAGUUAUGUUACAGUGAUUUCUUUAGAUAUACAAAAGUACCCGUGCCAAACACACAAUACUUGGGUACGUAUUACAUGGCACGAAAUAUGUGCUAGGCAUGUCUUGUGGGGCAUUUCCUUGCCAAGGAUAUUAGGAAAUUCAAGUCUGCUGUAUAAUUGUACAUAAAACUCAAGUCUUAUUGCUUUUGUAA